AUGGAGAUCUUCAACAUAUCAAGGCUGAGAGUGAUUUCUCUUUCACACAAUAAUCUAUCAGGAAGCCUCCCACCAACCAUGGGUUCUAUCUUACCCAACAUUGAAGAGCUUAAUCUGGGGAGCUUAACCAGUCUUGUUGGAACUAUUCCUCAUUCCAUCUCCAAUUGUUCAGAACUUGCUAUUCUAGAGCUUUCUAACAACCAAAUCGCUGGCUUGAUUCCCAAUUCUAUUGGAUAUUUGACUUAUCUACAGUAUCUAAAUUUAGCACUAAACAAUUUAACCACUGACUCAUCAUUAAGCUUCUUGACUUUCUUCACCAAUUGCGUAAAUUUAACAGCUCUUUCUCUAACUUUGAACCCGCCAAACGGCAUGCUUCCAGCUUCCACGGGGAACCUUUCCACCUCUCUUAAAAAUUUUUACGCCAACGGCUUGUUCUUGAGUAACAACAAACUUACAGGAUCUAUCAGUGAUAAUCUAUGUAAAUUGCACUUCUUGGAUGUCAUUGACUUGACUCAAAAUAAUUUUUCACGUUCUCUUCCUUAUUGUUUAGGAAAGAUUACUUCCCUUAGAGAGAUACGUAUGGGAUCCAAUAAAUUGAGUACCAAUAUACCACCAAGCUUAGGGAACAUUCAAGAUCUAGUGGUUCUUGACUUAUCGUCAAACAACAUGGUAGGUUCUUUACCUCUAGAAAUUAGAAAUCUAAAGGCUGCGACACUGAUAGAUCUGUCAAUGAAUCAAUUUUCAAAUAGAAUUCCAAGAGAAAUUGCAGGAUUUCAGAAUCUGGCACACCUUUCUUUGAGACACAACAAGUUGCAAGAAACUAUACCUGACUCAAUGAGCAACAUGGCAGGUGAAAUACCCUCGGGAGGUCCUUUCAAGAACCUCUCAAGUCAGUUUUUCAUCUACAAUGAAGCAUUUUGUGGUUCUUCAAGAUUUAGUGUCCCGCCAUGCCCCACUUCAUCAAAGAACAUAUCAAAUAGGAAAAAAUUCCUAGUUCUUUUUCUUUUACUCGCAAUUGCAAUUGUAUUUGUUCCUAUGGCCUUUGUGCUCCUAUGGAUAAGGUACAGAAGAGGUAAAAGUGCUCCUCAACAAGCUGAGUCAUACUAUGCACUGCUCCAAGCAACGGAUUACCUUAGAGAGAGUAAUCUGAUUGGUUUUGGAAGCUUUGUCUCUGUUUACAAAGGUGUCCUCCGAAAUGGAACUGCCAUUGCAGUGAAUGUGUUCAACCUGAAACUGGAUGCGGCAUUCAAGAGUUUUGAUACAGAAUGUGAAGUUUUGCAUAGCCUUCGCCAUAGGAAUCUCGUAGAAGUCAUUACUAGUUGUUCCAAUCUUGAUUUUAAGGCUUUAGUUCUUGAUUUUAUGCCUAAUGGGAGUCUUGAGAUGUAUUUGUAUUCGCACAACUACUUCCUCGACAUCAAGCAGAGACUAAGAAUAAUGAUAGAUGUGGCAUGUGCUUUGGAAUAUCUUCACCAUGGGUGCUCGUUACCUGUGAUUCACUGUGACGUGAAGCCUAGUAACAUCUUGCUGGAUGAAGAUAUGGUUGCCCACCUCAGCGACUUUGGCAUUUCAAAACUGCUUGGCGAAGGUCAGGGUGAUUUUUACACUAAAACCUUUGCAACAUUCGGGUAUAUUGCACCGGAGUAUGGACUGGAAGGACUAGUGUCAACAAAGUGUGACAUCUACAGUUAUGGGGUCAUGUUGCUCGAAACGUUUACUAGGAGAAAGCCUAGUGAGUUUGAGGGAGAUUGUAGCUUGAAACAAUGGGCGAAUUAUUCACUUCCAAAUGUUGUAAUGGAGGUCGGUGAUGCCAACUUGUUAACAUCAACUGGUAAUCGCUUAAAGAAGGAGCUAGAUGUUGUGGCAUCAAUCAUGAAAGUUGCAUUAGAUUGUUGUAACGAAUCUCCACCAAGAAGGACCAACAUGAAAGAUGUUGUAGGGAUGCUACCGAAGAUCAAGAUUCAACUUCUAGCAUGUUGA